CUUCUCCCUUUUCUCCUUCUAAUCUUAUUCUUCUCGGGCUUCUCUUCGAUAAACUUUUGAGAGAGAGAGAGAGAGAGAGAGAGAGUGGUUAAGAAAAUCGGCCAUGUCUUUGGGCUACGCGGAGAAGCUUUCGUUCAUAGAAGAUGUGGGCAAAGUGGGAAUGGCUGAAUUUUUCGACCCACCGCAUAUUUUGCAAGAAAAGGUUGAACGCCUUGCAUCACUGAUUCACAAGAGUAAGCAUCUAGUGGUGUUUACAGGUGCAGGAAUUUCAACUUCUUGUGGUAUACCUGAUUUUCGAGGUCCAAAAGGCAUUUGGACACUUCAGCGUGAAGGCAAAGCCUUGCCUGAAGCAUCAUUGCCAUUUCAUCGCGCUGUGCCGAGCUUGACUCACAUGGCUUUAGUUGAAUUGGAACGAGCGGGCAUUUUGAAGUUUCUUAUUAGCCAGAAUGUUGAUGGCCUCCAUCUUCGAUCUGGAAUACCGAGGGAGAAACUUGCUGAGUUACACGGUAACUCUUUCAUGGAAACCUGCCCUUCAUGUGGAGUCGAGUAUCUGCGGGAUUUUGAGGUGGAAACUAUUGGCUUGAAGGAGACUUCCAGACGGUGUUCUGUUAAAAAUUGUGGGGCUAAACUUAAGGAUACAGUACUUGAUUGGGAGGACGCAUUGCCCGAAAAGGAGAUGAAUCUUGCUGAGAAGCACUGCAAGAUGGCUGAUAUUGUUUUGUGUCUGGGGACCAGUCUGCAGAUAACUCCAGCAUGCAACCUACCUCUUAGAUCACUUCGCGGUGGGGGAAAGAUUGUUAUUGUUAAUCUUCAGAAAACUCCAAAAGACAAGAAAGCAAGCUUAGUGAUUCAUGGACUUGUUGAUAAGGUUAUAACGGGUGCCAUAAACUUGCUUAAUCUGCAGAUUUCUCCAUUUGUGAGGAUCGAUCUUUUUCAAAUCAUUUUAACUCAAGCCUUGAGUAUAGAUCAGAAGUAUGUGAACUGGAAUCUCCGGGUAGCAAGUGCACAUGGACCCAAAGCUCCAUUGCCAUUCAUCAAAUCCGUCGAGGUUUCCUUCUUAGACGCGGAAGACUACAAAGCAGCUCUUUUAGAAAAAGAACCAUUUCAGCUUAAAAGACGGACGGUGGAAACCAAGUCAUUUGAAUUGGUCUUGAAACUGAAUUUCAGUGAAGGUUGCGGUUGUCCAAGUAUCGAAAUAAACAUUCCUGUUGAUUUCAAGGUUCCAACAGACUGUUUUGACCUUGAAAAGGAUAGCAUAUUUCAAAAGCUGAGAGAGACAGCAAUUAAAGACUCGUGCUGUGGGCAGAAUGCAGUCAUUGAGAGAAAGGCUAUUUUAUCCCCGGCUAGUGAGGUCACUGUUUAUGCCACUGUAACCAACAUUGUUAGGUACAACAAAGCCUCGAAAGUGUCGGAAGCCAAUUCUCCGAGCAAUGGUAGCAUCAAAAGGAGAAUUGAAAAUGGCAUCGGGACGUCGAGGAAGCGACCGAGAGGGCAUAAGCGCAAAUCUAAAUUCUUAACAAAUUAGAAUAGUAGACCAUGUAGCUGUGAUUCGGGUUUCUCUGUACAUAUAUUUUACUUCUCAUUACAAACUAACGGAAAUUAUAAUACAUAGGGACUGAGUGAAUUUUGCUAGAUAAUACACUCAGUCUCUCGCAGCUAUUAUGGAAUAGAGAGGUGGUGUUGAUUCCUCUAACAUUGUAAUAUGUAUUGUGAAGCUUCUUGGUGUUGGAUGAUAUCAUUCAUUUAGCCCCCAA